UCCGCUGUUUCACAACACGCCGCAGGGCGGAGUCUGCAGCUGAGGUUCACGGUGGUAAAUUUGUCCUCUUUUUAAAACAAAAUGAGGCCAUUUUAUGUUAUUUUAGCAACUGGGGCUGUAGCGAGCUCUGUGGCACUACUGGCGACGGUGCUGUACUUUGUAUUAACCACAACGUCUACCCCAUUAGAGGAAUGGCAGAGGGCAACAUCCAUUUAUAACUUUUCAGCAACGGAUAUUGAUGGCAACGUGGUUUCCCUUGAAAAAUACAGGGGGAAUGUUGUCAUCAUCACCAACGUAGCCUCUAAAUGAGGUAAAACCCCAGUAAACUACUCUCAGUUUACUCAGUUGCACGCCAAGUACGCUGAGAGAGGUUUAAGCAUCCUUGCCUUCCCUUCCAACCAGUUUGGGAACCAGGAGCCGGGCAAUGAAACUCAAAUCAGGCAGUUUGCAGACACGUUCCAGGCUCGGUUUGAUAUGUUCAGCAAGAUCGAGGUGAAUGGGCAAAACGCUCAUCCUCUGUGGAAGUGGCUGAAGGAGCAGCCUAACGGGAAGGGCUUGUUUGGAAAUAGCAUCAAGUGGAAUUUCACUAAGUUUUUGAUCAAUAGAGAGGGUCAGGUGGUGAAGAGAUAUGGACCCUUGGAUGAUCCAAGUGUGGUGGAAAAGGAUCUUCCCAAAUACCUUUAAACCUCUAAGAGAUGCCUGAAACCGUGCUUACUUACAUCCACUUGAUUUUGUGUUUCCAGUAGUCUUUUUUUCUCACAUUUCUCUGCCUCUCCAAGCACCGGUGGAUAUAGUUUGAGUCCAUCCCAGACCAGUGACGGUCUGUUCAUCAACCUGCAUCGCAGGCAGGGCAGACCUGAUGUAAAUGGCGUGCAAACCUGCUGGGAAGGCGACCGAGCUUAUAUUCAUAGAGUUCUAUGGAGAGAACGACGGGGAACCCAUUAAUAGAGCAUCAUUCAGCACCUUAAUGUUGGGCAUUGUUUUCAUCAUAAAAUAUACUAAGAUUUGUUCCUGUUAUAUUUUUUGUGUGUAACUUUUAUUGUCUGUGAUUAAAACAAAAGUGUUGGGGUUUUUAUGGGGUUUUGAGGUGUUGGUACUGAGGAACAGAUACAUCUUGAUCAUUCAUGUGCACAAGGAUCUUUUCUUUUGUGUAACAGGAGCAAUUAAAAAGGAUUUCAGCUGAAAAUGUAUUCAUUUCUGAGUCAGAAAGUCUUUAAGAAGUGAGCACUAGAGCUUGAAAUUGUUCAACACAGUAUUGUUCAGAAAGUGUGGACAGAGCAGUUUACCCUAUAGGCUGUCCUAAAAAUAACAAUGAUGACAUAUAGAACAAAUAAAGAACUCGGAAAAAAUUGAA